AUGCAUACAGCUAACUCCAUCCAGCCCGGGGGGUUCAAUCUCCGGUGGCGCGGUAUCGUACUCCCUCACUCACUCAGGCGUGCGUGCUAUCACCGUCACUGUCACCAACCAUCCUUUAACCUCUUAACUAGACAACUGGUUGUAACAAUUGGGGGAUCCUGUCUCUUGCGGCAACUCCAUGUAACUUCAGGUGCUAUGCUUAGUCUCGACAUUGUUGUCCUACCUCCAAGAACCCGACCGACCCCCUGUCCCGUCAAGUUGCGAAGUCCUCAAAUACUCGUUUGUUUCCCCUUCUUAUGUAUUCAUUGUAACUCAGUAGACAAAUCACAUCCCACCCCCCUUCUAGACCCAACAACUACAACUAACUGA